AUGGAAACACUAUCAAAUGAAAAUCUUCUUCAUAGUUUUUCUUCUCUCACAUGGUUCGAUAUAUUAACGUCUUUUUGGUCAUUAAAUAUUUGGUUCAAUUCUCUUGUGUGUUCAGCUCUUUCAAUAAGUGACAAUUUAUUAAAUACUGAUCUUCUAAUUAAACAAAGUUUAUCUUAUAAUAGAUUUUCUUCAAUAUUAUUAUAUCCAUUGAUUUUAAAUUCAUCAUCUCUUUCUUCUUCUAUUCAAUGUAUUCAUUUUGAUGGAACAAAUUCAAUUACUUGUGAUCUUAGUGAUGAAUUAUUGUUUAAUGAUAAAAAAAAUCUUCGUUUUCCUAAUCUUAAAUCAGUUAUUCUUCCUCAAUGUAUAUCAAUUGAAUCGGUAGUUCUAAGUUUAUCUUAUCUUAUUCAACAUCAAUUCGAUGAACUUACAUUAACAUUUGAUCAGCAGGUGUUCAAACGAGUUUUUUUAAUGAAAACAGACAUUCGUCAAUAGCUUUUGAUAUAGGUAAUCAAUCG